CGUGUGAACACGCACGGAAAGUGCCGAGCGCGUUCUUUGCCUACCCUCACCGUAGGGGCACCUGCGCAGCUCGCACAUGCACUCUCCUGGACGUGCGUCGGCGCCGGUCGGGUGCGGAGCGGCGGCUGCUGGACUGCGGCGGGGGGUCUCUUCUGGGACGCGGAAUCCGUGGAACAAGGAUUUUACAGCACGCCAGGACAAGGUUCAAGCUGGGGCAUGGCUGUGAAUGUGUAUGCAACGUCGGUCACAAUAGAGAACCUCAGUCGACAUGACAUGCUGGCAUGGGUCAACGACUCCCUGCAGCUCAUCUACACAAAGGUGGAGCAGCUAUGUUCAGGAGCUGCUUACUGCCAGUUUAUGGAUAUGCUGUUUCCUGGCUGUGUUCUCCUUAAGAGGGUCAAGUUCCAAGCCAGGCUAGAGCACGAGUUUAUCCACAACUUCAAAGUCCUUCAGACAGCCUUCAAGAAAAUGAAUGUUGACAAAGUCAUUCCUGUAGAAAAGUUAGUCAAGGGCAAGUUCCAGGACAAUUUUGAAUUUCUGCAGUGGUUCAAGAAGUUCUUUGAUGCAAAUUACGAUGGGAAAGAGUACGACCCCGUGCUGGCCAGACAGGGCCAGGAUGUGGCCCCACCCUCCAAUCCAGUGCCACACAGGACGUCCCCCACAGUGCCCAAAACAAUGCCCGGCCCCCAACGGGCCCUCAACAACACUUCAUCCCUUGGCACAAGGAAGAACACUGCCGUGGCACGUAAUGGUGGCAGCGAAGCGGAAGCCCAGAUGGUAGAGCUCAAUCAGCAGCUAAUGGACCUCAAACUGACAGUCAACGGUCUGGAGAAGGAGAGGGAUUUCUACUUCAGCAAACUCCGUGACAUCGAGCUCAUCUGCCAGGAGAAUGAGAGCGAAAAUACUCCCAUCCUGGGCAGGAUUACCCAAAUCCUCUAUGCAACAGAGGAUGGCUUUGUUGUACCUGAAGAUGAGGACAUUGAUGAACAGUCGCACGAAGACCAUAAUGAAUACUAAAUGCUUCUCCUGUCUCUACAGCCGCCACAUUCUGAUCCUGGUGUUGACCAGCCUACCGGACCAACUCCCGCCCCCCCCACCCAUGCAGUCACAGAGUAACAUUAAUAUCCAUUCCCAGCCACUUCAGCGUGGUGUGGGAUCGAAUGACCGGCAGUUCUACCGAGGUGCUGCUGCAAUCAGGUCACUUUCAAAGCUGUCGAUCCUACACAGCAGCCACUAUCUCGCCUGGUUUUGUAGCCCUCUACCAGAUUCCUGUAACCUGUCCCAGUUAUCCCAGUACCCUGACACUCUGCCCCCCCACCCCCGAAAGUAACAGUGUCCAUAAUGUUCAACACAGUUUCUCUGCACCAAAAUGUACAUUGAAGUGGUUUUUAAAUGCCUUCCCAGAUACUUUCAAAACUAUUUUAAGAUGGAUACCUAAAAAAUAACUUAUGGGAAAAUAGCACUGGAGCCUGAUGACUUGGUUAACGGGCUGAUGUUUGUUUGAAAGUUAGUGUGAGGAUUGUUGCUUUUGUUGGUUUGACUUGAUUUUGAAAAAUGAAACAAUGCACUUCAUUCACUGAUGUUGACAGUGACAAAAGAAAGAUGCUGAUUGGUUUUGAAAUGUCAGGUUUUUUUCCUGCAUAUCAAGAUGGAGCUUGCAGAUAAAAUAGAACAAAGAUAGUCAUAUAUUUUUAUAACUAUUUAUAUAUAGAAUUGCUGGAAUAUAUAUGGAAAUUUGGUCCAUACACAGAGGUUUAUUAUUUACUAAUGAUAAAUGUGAGGUUUGGGAAAUGGUGUUCAUUAUUGACACCUAAUUUUUACUGUAGACCCAGAACUGCAGCAAAGUAGCUAUGAAGUUUGUUUAUUUUAAAGGUGAGGCUAGGAGAGUCAGAUACUGAUUAGCUUGUAAAUCCUAAUUGUGUAGCAAAUAACUAAAACAGGGCUCUCCAAUUUCGGUCCUGGAGGGCCAGUUUGCAACACAGUUUGCAGAUUUCCCUGCUCAAACAUACGUUAUUCAGCUCACCAGCUAAUUGCCAGGUUUAAUAUGUGGGUUUGAGCAGGGAAAUCUACAAACUAUGUUGCAGAUUGACUGUCCAGGACCGUAGUUGAGGAACCUGCGCUAAAACCUGAAACGAAUAGAUUGCUUGUGUACUUUAUAACACUAUAAGAUUUUAGCUGCUAUUUUUAUUUUCCUUUUUUUGAAUUGUUAAAAAUAUACCUAUUAAUAACCACACAGGUUCUAAGUUGAAAUAAGAAGCUGGACUCAGAGGCUUUAGUGCAAUAAAAAGUGACGCAUGGACAGCUGUAGAGCAUGCACACCCCCUGCUGGUUGUAGGAACCAAUUGCACAUUUCCUUGGGCAUGUUACCAUUCUCACACCAGCUGUCUGACUGAUUUUAUGUGACCAUGCACCUAUUUUGAGUUUUACAACAUAAAUAAACUUGUGUGAGAACAAGC